CACACUCAUACGUCUGUUUUACUGACAUAAUACUUUAUUUAAAAAAGAAAAAUUCCCAAAUUCCAAGUGUACAUUAUCAAUUACUUUCUAAAAUAGAAACAUACUCAGUGCAACCAAUAAUAUGGAAAAAUUGUCAAAUACUCUCCAGCCAUACAAAAAUGUUGUUGGACAAGCUGCAAGUAUUCUUACAAUAGCUCAGUUUUUUUCUGGUACUUUUAUAUGUAAGGAGAUCUACCAUAAAAAAUCUACAGCUGGUAUUCCUGCUGUUCCUUUCAUUGGAGGUUUGACAAUUGGUAUCUUAAUGCUAAAAUUAGCUCUAUUGAUGGAUGAUCCAGCUAUGCUUCAAGUCAAUAUAGCAGCAAUCAUUUUAAACACAUUAUAUACUGCAUUCUAUUACUUUUAUUCAAAAGAUAGAUACAAUGAAAUUUGGAAACCAUUUAGUGUAGCAAUAGGAAUGAUGGCAGUAUUUUUAGGAUACGCCAGUAUAGAAGAUCCUGCACAAAUUGAAUUCAGAUACAGUUUACUAGUAACGGUUUUAAUGUUGAUGCUUGUUGGAUCUCCUCUUAUGGAUGUGAAAGGAAUCAUUGAAAAGAAGGAUAGUUCCUCUAUACCUUUUCCUUUAACAUUUAUGGGUUCUAUAGUCUCUUUCUUAUGGCUUCUGUAUGGUAUAAUAUUAAUGAAUAUAUUUAUGGUUGUUCAAAAUGUGAUUGGUCUAAUAUUGUGCAUGAUACAGUUAUGGCUGGUAUACAAGUAUCCUGCAAAUCCAGGUCAGGACGAAAAACAAAAAAAGGCAGCUAAAAUCAAUUAA